UAUUUGCCACUCCUCAGCGACUACUCGCUCGCUUUGCGCCAUGCCAACAAAUGUCAGCAUAAGUCUCAAUCUUGGAAGCACAAUUCAUUAAGACGUGGGUCAGCAUCCUGAAUGGAAGCGCACCGUAACUCUCAGAUGCGCAUGGUAUCCAGAGGGUUGCUGGCGACUUGGAGAUACGACCACUCGACUCGGAACAAGGUUGUGCUUGCAAAACGCUCUAGAUCUCCAGCUCUGGAUCCGAGCAAUAAAUGGAGUGCCGGACUGUUGUUGGAUUCGGUUUCAUGAGAGCUUCAAUACUUGACUUGGAGCUCUCCGCUGUCUCACAGACUCGCGAAUCACAUUCGAUUUUAACUGUCGUGAUUUCUUGUGGUUCCAGUAGUUACAUAAGUAACUCGAUAAUUAACCUUCGAAAAACUGCCGCUGGCCGUUGCACAUUUGGUCUGAUGCACAGAAAAGCAUGGGCCGCUCUUUAAUUUCUGUCUUUUAUUCAGAAACACCUGUAUAAUCUUGAUCAAUGGCGAGCGCAUGCCUUCUUAUUCAAGCUCGAAAUAAGAGUGUUUCUCAUUCUCAGCGCUGUGUGCAUGUCAAUCUUGAUUACGUCACCGGAUCAUCGGAGCUCCAAAUGAUAUCACCCGAAAAACAGGGAGCCACGGCCUUGCCUCACCUCGUCGUCGCCCACAAUCCCGCCACCCCCUCCCUCCCCUCCCUCCCCACUUCUCUCGACGCCCUUCUUCUGGGUCCGAAAGCGAAGAUGUUCAUCCUCCCCGCUCAAGCUCUCCCCUUCGUGGAUAUCUCCCUGCCUACCUCGGCGAGCACCACAUGGCGUGUGGGCGGAUUGAGCUUCAGCCUGAGCUACACUCGGCUCCUGCUCAUCCUCCUCACCAACAUCGUAUUCGUCUCACUCGUUCGCUCCGCCAUACUAUCGCGGAAACGGACACCCAUCGCCGUGACUGUUAUCGAGAAGGCGGAGCAGGCCGUAGUUUUGCCGGAGGCGAAGCGAGCUGGGUCUGCGCCUGUAAACAUUGGCGAUUCUGUCCCGGCGUCGCCGCGCAAGUGGUCCAGGCUCUUUUCCUUCAAGUCGAUGGCCAUGCCCACUCUCGCUGAGGCACUCCCGAUAACGCUCAACCCGCCUCCUCCACCCGUUAUGCGGGGUGGCCAUGUCUACCGCGGUGGCCGUGGUGUUGGAUUUGCCUCGCGGAGAUCUGGCUCAGAAGCCUCGCGGUCGCGAGCUGAUGCUUCCAUGACCGCUGUUUACGACUCUGAGACGCCUGUUUCGAUGGCGCAGAUGAUCAUGAGUCGGCAUACGUAUCGCCGCCCUGCCAGCCCUAGCCCGCGACGACUGGCUCCUUCGUCCCUGAAUGUAUCACGCCAGGCAUCUGUCCCAGACUUGGUGCCGUCGCCCUCUGCAUCCUCCGUGUAAGAGGGCCCCCGCGGGUUGCACGGGCCUGCAGAGCCCGAGAUGAUGAGCCACGAUGAUGCUGAUGAGAAGAAGAUGACCCCGACGGACGACGACGUUUGCUAUCUAUCGCUAUCUAUUCAGCGUGCGGUCCUUCGGCCGUGCCUGCUGAGCUGUUUGUUAUAUCCAUUCUACCUGCCCACGACGCACACACUUGCUACCUUUGCGCUCAGCUUUAUACCACCAACCUAACUAACCUCUUACGCUACAACCCGGACUAUAUCUUUUCGUACAGACUCUUAGACGACGUUGGAUCUCGUGUUUCCUGUAACAUAUUUGCUAUUACAUUCGCUUCGUUCGCCACUUGUAGCUGCCAGCUACUUGUCAUAUUUAUUGUGUGCCAUCUGGCUGUCGACCAAGAUGGCAUCCAUGGAAUCAUCAUCCCAUUAUUCAGUCGGUGCGAGUUCUACCGCGGUGACGCAGGGCAAUUGGUCGCUAAGCGGGAGCCAAUUCGUAAGCCUUGAGGCUUGGGACAACCGGAGAUCGAGGACGCGGCAGAGCCGAUCCGGGGACUCGGACACUAGUUUCGGCAAUCGCAAGGGCAGCGCCCAGGUGUAGUGGGUAUCCUCCGACUGGAUGAGGCCGCUUGUGGAAUUCGGCAUCGAGAACAGCCGAGUGGCUGGAAAGUCGAUCUCCAGGACAGUGCACGUCACGGGUCGAAGCGGGCGGCCUGAGCGAAACAUCGCAGCGGACCCGAGUAAAUCCUGGCAUCUGUUCUCGCGGAGGGCCCAUUGGUUGCCGAGCUGGCGAGGAUGGGUGACGAUCGUGGAGGAUGCGAUGUGUCCUCGCCGGUGAAUCAACCGUGCUCCAUUCACAUUCCGCAUAUUGGACAUCGCGCUCGGCGAGGACGUGUCUAUGCUUAGACUUCUGCUUCAGUUUCUGUGCGGGCUUCUUGCCGAAACGAGUAGUCUUCCCCCACGAGGGGAGGUCCUUUCUGCGCCACUUCGGCGUCGAGUCGAAAGCGGGGAUGAGCUCGGUGCAAUCUGCGGUCAUUGUUUCCUGCGGGGAGCGGGACUCGGGGAUACAAGGGAGGAUUCAAAUGAGAUGACAGAACCCAUUCUCAAGCGCCCGCUUAUAUACCCGCCGUCUCCACAAAGCUCUGGUCCAUGCGUGCAGGCCCCAUUCACCAAACAUUCGAUCCAGGCAUAGCCAGAAGAACCAGGCGGACAGGCCUGUCAGUUUCAAAAAUUUUAUGGCAUCCGUCGUUCCGCCUUGUUCUUCGAGUGUGCUUGUCAAGGUUCUUGUUGUCGUUGGGGAUGUCCACGACGUGGGCGUCGUCACGGCAGCAGUCCAAUUGGGAGGGACACAGAGAGGUAUCGUUUCUGGCUAGUGGCAGAACUUCACGAGCGCAUAAAGAAACACAUCCAUGAUAUCCUGCUAAAUGCGCCGAGAGUCGCUGUCGACAAAGCUGAGUGUUGUGUGAAGCGGAUUUGACGGAUGAUGAUUAGGUACCUGUCACGUGCAACUCAGUUUACGCACCCGCACCAAUUCGGGCCAAGAUUUGCUCCUUAAAUUUUCGCGAAACUGAGGCUCCCCGAAGGAAAAAAGAAUGUACCGCUCUUAUGGAUGAAAAUCAAGAGUCAAAUGAAUCGUCUCUG